AUGCUGAAGUUCACCGACAUCAAAGCGGCCGUCGAGGCCGCUGGGCAGCGGAAGCAGCAGCUAGGUUUGGAAGUUGGCGAAGCUCGAAAGCUGAAGGCUCAACUGACAAAGGAGUGCAAGCUGCUGAAAGCAGACUAUGAGCGCAAGCACUCGGAGCUUGCCCGCGGAGCAGAAAUGCGUGACAGGCUUGAACAACAACUGGUUAUGUACACGCAGCAGCUCAACCAGGCAAGAAUUUGCUGA